UGGGAUGUGUGUAUUAUUAUUUUUUUUCAUCCAGGGGAUAUUUUUGCCAAGUAUUUCAUUAAUUUGACACUUAUUUUGAUGUGGCAUGAUACAUUUUCUCCUCAUUGUUUGAGAAUUUACAUCUUGUUUGAGAUUUUUUCCUUCCACCCGAGAGUAUAACAAUAAAAAUCAUAAUAAAAAAAAUACAGUAAUUCAAAUAAAAUUAAAUUGUAAAAUAAUAGCAAGAAAAGUGCCUAGGCUACAUGAGCCACAGCAUGGUUCAGGUACUCAGGUAAGAGACCAUGACUUAUUGAAAGGAGUAUUAACCAAAUACCUGUCUGUACCUAAAACAUUUACUUAUUUUACAUUUAGGGGGUUAAAAUACAAGUUUAACGCUCAGAUUUACAGCAAAUUUAUAUCUUGAGCUCAUUUAUAUAUCAGUGAAAACCACUUUAAAAUGGGAGGGUCGAUCUGAGUUUAAAGGAAAGUAAAGAAAAAUGAACAAAGUGCUGUUUAAAACAUUUAGAGUGAGUCCAGUUCAAAGUAAAGAGCCUGUCUACAGGCUCUAAGACACCCUUAUUAACACUCCCUGUCGACUUCUUCUUAACUUCUUUCUUUCCUGUAAAGCUAAUAAUGUUUUCAUCUUCAUUGCUGCAGUAGCGGAAUAGGAGUUUGUUACUAAGCAACCACCCUCCCUCCCUCCCAGCAUCAGCACCACAACGGAGCGCGCGCGCUAUGCCGCAUCCUCAAGUUGCCUGCACGUUCUUCUUCUUCUGCUGCGUGCCUUGUCAUCACGCAGGGCAGGUUUCGGUUUGCAAAUACGAUACCGUCUGUUUUUUUUUCUCUCUUCCCAGCGCGAGAGCUUGGCUAAGGAACUGAGGAGAGGGCGCGAGGGCGGCACAGGGGAGGGGCCAGCUCAUCUUAACGAACCUGGACGGAUUAAAAACGUAUAUGUUGGUUUGGUUGUUGUAUUCACGUGACGCCUGGUGGGAGACAGUGAGGUAAACGGACGGGAUACAUACACACACAUAUACACACAUACACGGGUCUGAACGGGAUGCCCGCGUGACUGCAGGGAGGAAAGAGGCGGCGGAGGAGGAGGAGGAGGAGGGGAGUCUAGGUGCGUGUGUGUGGACCACCGCAAAACCCCCGAGGUGGAGUUGUCAAAGAUCGAAACCUGUGAGCAAACAGCCAGCCCGGCCCGGCUGAUAUUUUUGGUGCAGUUUGGAAGUGGAGGAUGUUUAUUUCCUGUUCAUGUCGAUGAAGGUGGUUAGUCUUUGCCUCCCGAUGUGAUCUUGUGGCUCUGAUCUCUCCACGGUCUUUUUCUCUAUCGUGACGGGAUGAAGAGGACCUAAGAGAAGGUCGUAAGAGGAGGAGGAGGAGGGGGAGGAGGGCACUUGAUCGUAUGUUGUUCCUCAGGACUGAACACUCGGACUGACCAGCUUGUGUUAUCUUUGCUGUGGCGUUGAGACGACGAGAGAUCAGCUGCUUUCUUUGGGAUGCUUCAAAAUCUGCGGCCUGCUCGGGUCUCCAGUUACCGCAAUGCCACUGGCGAUUGGAGACAGAAGAGGAAGAGGAGGAUGCAACGAAGAGCAAAUUAGUAUACAAUAUUGUUCAGCAUGCACUGUGUAUAUAUCAUAGCGUUUUAACCUGUGAAUGACUGACUUAGACAAUGCUAUAGACUUUUCCAGUGGCCUAGGGAGGAAUGGACGUUGUGUUGACUGAAACUAUCAUGGCUGAAAUGUCAAAUGAGGUGAGUUCAGCGUCUGCAAGUCAAUAGAAGCCGCCCAAUUCACACUUUUCUGCUGACAAAGUUCUUGGACUCCUUUACUGGACCGACACCAUGGGGUAUUGCGCAGAACCCAUGGCACUUGCCAGUGGAGAGCUUGGUGCAUAAUUUUGACAGAGAGGAGCCCUGAAGCCAGCAUUUAUGUCUCUCCCUCCUCUACUCUCCUGCACUUCUACCCACACAGCUGAACUUUGUUUAUGAAGACUGGGUAAAAUCUCUCUCAGCUUCCUCCUCAAACAUGCCUUCACCGUCCGACUCCAGCAGUGUGGCUUCAGCCUCGGGGUCUCGAGGAUGGUCAGACAGCCGCAGGGGCAUGUCUGGUCGGGGGCCCGGUGGGGCUCGGCUGCUCCUGUACUUGGGGCUGUGCCACCUGGGCCUGGGGGCCAUGGUCCUGGCCUUCUCUUUUACCAGUAUGGCCUUCACCUCCUCAGCCCGUGUGAGGCAGUCGUGUCCUUUCUGGGCCGGCUUCUUUGUAAGUGUAAAUCUGAUUGACGACAUUUAGAGUAACGAGAUGCUAAAGAGGAGUUGUCUGACGGAUGUGGUGUCUCUCUACAGGUGGUGGCAUCAGGGAUAGUCGGGAUCAUCUCAUGGAGGAGACCUCUAACGUUAGUGGUACGUAAGAGGAACGCUCAAGUCUUCUCGAUCGAAUGGAAAAUAUUCACACAGCCGCCAUUUUCCUCUGACCUCACAGUCAGGCGGAACACUGAAAUCCAGCCAUAAUGUCAUUGGCUACUGCAUUGUUUCAGUCUAUCAAUUGGCCAGUCUAACAAUUUUGUAGGAACUCCUAUCUUAGCUUAUCUGUUAGCUCAGAAACGGUUGAAAGAGCAGAAUUGGAUAACUGAAGAACUCUUAAUCGUUCUAUUGAUCUUUUGAUCAUUAGCAUGGUUCUCAUCAAUAGACAAAGUGGUUUUAGCCAUCAUGGAACUAUAAAUGUUCAAGUCCUCAGUGUUUCUGUGUGCUUCACUGUUAUAAAGACCUAAGUAUUGUAUUUAUAUUAUCACAAAUGUUCCUUGCAAUAUCCUAUCAAACUAAGUGACCAGAACCAUAAACAGAAUAAUUUAUGAUGACUAAAUUGGCUGUGACAUGGUGGACAAAAAGCAUGCAGAAUUUAAAUCCGUCCAUAAGGCAAACAAGCUACUUUCUUGAUUACUUUGUCUCCAAGCGGCAGGAGUAUUUGCCAGUUAAGUAACCUGCCAAUGUCUUUGGUUUGAGGAAUAAAUCUAGUCUGUACUCUCUUGGCUGGGCAUGGCACGAGUUUUGACACCCUGUUCUAAAUUAAACACGGCUCUGUCUUUGUGUGUGAUCCUCCACAGGUGUCACUGUUCAUGCUGCUGUCCGCAGUGUGUGUGAUCCUCAGUCUGGCUGGCUCUAUGCUCUCCUGUCAGAACGCACAGAUGGUCAAGUCCAUGCUCACCUGCCAGGUACAACCAGCAAGUUUUGUCUUCUGCCUCAUGCUGAAAUGUCCUUGUAGCCAGAUGCAUAAGGGAACAUACCCCAUAUGAGUGUGAAUAUGUUUGUAGUGCAGUUCAGUGCUUUGAAACAAUCCUUCCUUUAUGUGUGUGUAGGUGGAGAAUGGUCUGUGUGUGUGUUGUGCGCCCACUCACUCCUGCUCCAUCACAGAAGAAGAGACCCUAGUCCUCUACCUGAACGCUGACUGUCAUUCAGUCAGACAUCAGCUGAAGGUGGGCAGGAUGUGUUUUCCAGCUGGUGAAUCAAAUUAUCCUUAAACACAAAGGAUCUUCUAAAUGUGCCAGAAUUUCUUUGAACAGAAGCUGUGUUGAGAACACUGGAGCAGAUAAUUUCUUAUAAUCAUACACCAUCAAAGAUCCGUAAUGAACAUCAGAAGUUCAUCAAGCUCAGUAAAAAAGGACAAAAUUAGCAUCAACACUGUUAUUUGUUUACAGUGUUUUUAAAGACUUCAACGUUUGCCUUGCAGAAAAAUGCCUUUUUGGUGUCAGGUUGUAAUUUUGUCAAACAUUUUUCUCCACAGGACCUUUUGUUCAGUGCAUGUGGUCUCAGCAUUCUCUCCACCAUCAUCUGUACUCUAUCCACUGUGACCUGCAGUAUUCACAUUUUCUCCCUGGACCUUGUGCACCUGGUGAGAGCGCACACAGCACAUUUUACACCAGUGUGGCUUUUUUUUUUUUUGUGUUGAGAAUGAAAAGUACUCAGCAAUAAACUGCACUGCUGAUUUCAGGUGUUAGGCUUGACAGAUGAUUACUGUCAUUUCUUAAAAUGAGCUUAAAUGUGUUCCCUUCAUACCAAGCUGGCCCCACAUCGCUCUCGCUCAGUCAACCCAGAAUGCACGACUCCUCAGGACGCCUUCCUGACUAACAUCAUGGACUUUGAGGAGUUUGUCCCACCCAUCCCUCCGCCCCCGUACUACCCUCCAGAAUACACCUGCAGCUCUGAAACAGACGCUCAGAGGUAACUCACCUGAUAAGUGUUUUUAUUCAGCGUUAUAGCAGUGUACACUUUUAGAACACAAACACAUUUGACUGAAAGUGAAAGGACAUAAUCAGUUCGAUAUCUUUCUUGACCUCAUCCAGCAUCACCUACAAUGGUUCCAUGGAGAGUCCUGUCCCUCUGUAUCCCACUGACUGCCCCCCUCCUUAUGAAGCCGUGAUGGGACAAAGAGCUGCAAGCCAGGUGAGUCGGUGUGUUUAAGUUUGUGUAGGUGUGUGCUCUUGUGUGUUGUGCCCGCAGCCUGCGCUCAACCUUGUCCAUUCUGACUUUCAAGGCCACAAUGUAUGAUGCCCACGGCACUGAGCUGUCCGGAGAGAGGGGGACUUCUACCGCCUUCAGUGGAGAAGGUGGGAACAAGUUCAUAACUUUAUUUGUCUAUCUGAGUGACUUAUGAACAAUAUUAUAGGGAAAUAUUAAAAGUACAUUACAAUAAAAAAACAUUUCUUUAAAAACAAACAAGUAGUCAAACCAAAGGUGGCCUUGGCUAGUGCAUAUUUGCAUACCAACUCAGUAUAAUAUACCUAACUCUCCCUUUGAGUAUUCCUCAAUUUAUACAAGUUAUUUGCCAAUUAAAUGUGCCAAAAAGUAUUCUGAAUUAAAGGGAUACUUCGUUUUUAAAAAGGGGUUGUAUGAGGUACUUACUGUAAAUACUGAGUGUAUUAGCAGUAGGGAUCCCAGUCAGCUCAACGCCUUUAUUCAGAAAGAUUGAACAGAAGCUCUAACCACUAUACAUAAUUGAACUUAUUUGAACAUAAUCUAUCCAAAGCACUACUCUUAGGGCAGGGGUUUGCUCAUAAUUUUGAGCACCAAACGCCUACGAUCGUCCAGCAGACACAGUGAUGGCAGUAGAGUCUAAUAUUUCAGUCCAGUCUCCCCUUAAAUUGCUAACACUGUGUCUUCUGAUAAACAUGAACAUACUGUGCUGAUCAUAGGUUGCCACCGUGCAAGAAAAAACAAACACUGAGAGAUGUGCGUCCACUUGGCUUUUCUGGUUAUCUGAUUUGAUGUCUAGAAAAAAAAAAAAGCUCGGUAUGUCAGGGGACUCUGGUUAGUGAGAAAUGCAGACUGAAGCGGCUUCUGAAUCCUGAAAUACUGUUGGUAACAAGUCCCAUGUGGGUUUAUGGGCAUAUUUGGGAUCUCUCCUGCUCUGCUGUUAGCACAGAACUUUCUACAUUUUUUUCUUUAGUCCAUUGAGUCCCAUUCGUCCUCUGCCCCAUUUUCUGGUUCAUAACGGUGUCUCUGUGUCGCUAUGUUAGUUAAUUGCACCUCAUUCUCCAUGUGGGACAUCAGGAGCUCUGUACAUAGGGAAUCUGUGAUAUAGAGGGUCUAUGAGUUCACAUGGUUGUAGGGAGGGUGUCAGAAUCCAUACUCCAAGGCUUUUAGACCUGACAGCUGAUCAGUCUGCUUUAGGCGGAAGAACACGGAAAAAACGAUGAUCAAAAAGAGUGUAAGGUGCUGAAAAUUUUCCAUUAGAGCAAAUACUCACACCAAGGAAUAUGCUUUGGUUGGAGUUUGAAUUACAUGGUAGAGUCAUGGUUAAAAGGAACCAAACUGGGGUCCCUUUGGCUAAUACUCCUAAUAUUAAAAGUUCCUCAUAUAACCCCACUUACAGAAAGAAACUUUACCUGUAAAAGUAUAAAUGCCACAAUAAAAUAGAAGUUAUAUUUCAAGUCCGGUAAAAGAACUAUGAGCCUCAUUGAACUUUUCAUGGCACUUUACUUUUACACAGGAAGAGUCUUGUAAAGAAAUUAAGGGAUUUGGGGAGUCUGCUGGAUCACCGGGGGACUCCUUUUAAUGAUUAUAUAAAGUUUUUGGGUUAUUCUUGCAGUACUUUGCAGUAAUGUCAGCUGAACGGGGGCAUUGGUUUAACUCAGUGGUGAAAGCCUGCUCCCCAUACACAGAGGCUGGGUGCAGAUAAGUUUGAAGCUAUUUUUUUCCCUCAUAACAAAUUAUGUUUUUAUUAGUGUCCAUGGACAGUGGAUCUCUUCUGAUGUCAGAGAUUGUGGACAUACCUGAUGAUUCAUCCCCCUCUGAGGAUUCUUGUCUGAUGGAGGUGGGGCUGAGGAACCAUGGGGACAGGGGCACCAGAAGCGCUGGUGAGGGGGGAGACGGCGGAGAGGGUGGAGAGCACAUCAGCUUCCGGGGUCUGCCUUCUCAAACCCCUGAGAGUCCUCUCGCAGGUGGGCCGAGAGCAAGGCGCUUUAUCAGAGGAGAGAGGUCCAACUCCUGUUCUUCACCCAGCACAGCAACCAACACGUACAAGUGAGGACACACAUGAAUAAUGACAGACAUACACAGACACAGUUUGAUAUCACAGGCAUGAGUUUUGUUCAAAUGUAAGCUUGUGACAGACUCAACAACACAGAGAAAUGUUGUUUUUUUCUGUUGAUUUUCCCUGCAGGUCCCCAGUUUUGCAUCGCCAGGCUAUGCUAGCUAGUAGCUGCUCUCAGCUGGAAGCGAUAGGCAACUCAACCUCUCAACAGCAAUCCUCCAUCACAGAGACACGAGGCCAGUCCUUUUCUCCAUCACGCCAAGGGGCUGCCCUAGUCUCCUCUGUUCCUCCCAUUUCACCCUCUGCAGUUGGCUGUGAGCAGAUUGGUGGUCUGGGUAAUGGACCACAGCUGCUUGGCCAACUCUUGUACCUGCGACGACUGGCUGGGAAGGGCGAGAAAGAUGGAGAGAGUGUAAGACAGGAUGCUGAUGGACUCCUACGUCUUGUGAGAUCUCACAGUGAGCCUGGUUUUGGCUCCUCCACUGAUACAGGUCAGAAAGAUACAAAAAUAUAUCUUCACCUUCCCUUUUUUUAGUUUCUUAAAUGUGUGUGUUGAUCUUUACAUCUGCAGUUGACUUUGGCUCUGGAGGAAGCAAAGGAUCUACAGAUACAGGUAAGAGCAAAUUUCAGAUUAAAUAUUAGGUUGUCAUCAAUCUCAAUUUUUUUUAAUUAUUUCUGUGGGUCCAGAAAGAAAAAAAAAUCCAAAUACACUUUGAACUUUUCCACUUUCCCUCAAAGACAUAGCCAUCAUUUAUCAAUCUCUAUUGGAUUUAAACAGUAGCGGCAACAUCCAAAUGUGUUGUUAAUAGCAAGUAAUUCAUGAAACUCUGCCCUAGCAGCUUAAUUAGCAGUGAUUUAAUUACAUUUGAUAUUGAGCCACAGCAUUUCCUUAUUUGCCAAUAAUUUUCAAAUGCUGGGCUCUGGUUUUAUGAAAUGAGGAAUAUAUUCUGUUGUAAAAUCAUGAGCUCUUAAAAUGGUGUUUCACUACAUGAGGACUAUCUGCUAUCUUAAAUGUAACAGCGCUUAAAAACUUGCAGAUUUAGUUUAUCCUUUCUAAGAAUUGGGGUUGUAAAUUUUCCAAGCAGAAUUGAAUCCGGAUUUGACAGGAAAACAAAUAAAUAAACACAGAUCAUGAUGAGAUAUUGAACUUUUUGGACAUCUCACUGAACAGAGUAGUUACUGCUCUUGGCUGUCUUUAAAUCCUUAACCCUUCCUUUAAAUACAGGUCUAACAGCUGUGUGUUCUCUAUGCACACAAAUAAUGUGGAGCCUUGGCUUCCUAAAUAAUGUGGCUAUAAUCAAAGCCUCUUAUGACGACUCUACAAUGAGUCAACACUGCGACAUGCAAAACACUUUCCCAUCUGCCUCUGAUAAUUACUUCCCCUAACACAUGUCUGUGUGUUUGCUUUAAUGGAACUUUUUCAUCAUAUCAGUUAAAACUACCUCUUAUAUUGAGACUUACUUCCCCUUAGGCUGCAGAUGCUCUAGUUUCAGACAUUUCGGUGUAAUUAGUAAGUUAUAAGAGUAACGUCCCUGGCAGCGACAAAAUUCCUUAAAAAGUUAUGAGGGGUGUGUUUUGGUUUUUUGUUUGGCUGUUCAGUUUAAGCAUUUUACCAUGUCCUUAGCUCAGUGUCAUGGAGUUCUGCAGAGGAUGUCGAUAAAACUAAAAGUCAUGAAUAACAUUGUGAUAUUUUCUCUGUUUGGUCUCUUAUUCAGUGUGUUUAUUAUUGUGUAUUUGUCAGUCAUGGUUGGUUUUGUUAUUUUGGCCACAGCUUUUUGUGAAGUUGAAUUUAAACAAUCAUUUCAGCUGAUGCCCAAAUUCUUCAUCUGGCCCUCUGUGUAUGUUUUUUGACAUGACAUUAAUAUUGAUGAAAAGGGUGAUAUUUCCAAAUAGUAAAAGACCUCCUGAAUUUGUCUUUUUUCCUGAUUCUAUCUGUAAAAGGUCCAUCCUCUGAGGCAUGUUUGUUGGCACGCACCUCCUUGCCUCCUGCUGCAGCUCUACCUCGGAAAGGUAGUAUAAAGUCAGCAGCAGCCACCGGGGUGCAGGUCCCCUCCAAAGCUCCCCCCACUUCACCUCUGCGUUUACCUAAAGAUUGCAACCGUUCCCUUGGAGACCUAAAGGUUAGUCUGAACAAUAUUACUAAAACAUGCAAAUAAAACAUUAACACAUUGUGAAGCUAUCACAUCUUUCUCUUCACUUAUCUUUUUACUCAACCUUCAGGUGACUCGGGUUUUGAUGGCUCGCUUCCUGCAGCGCUCCAGACGGAACCUCUCGCCCUCCUCUGAGCAUGCUGGGAACAUAGGGCAGGGGCCAAAAAGGAGGACUGGGGCUGAGGGUGCUGCCACUAACCACCUGCCCUUAGAGCAAGUAGGACAAGACAUUAAAGUCAAAUCAUUUUUCCAUCACACCACUUUCAAAUAGUUACAGGCUUCUGCAAGUAAUCUGUUCUUUGCCUAAAGGUGUCCUUGCUAAAAUCUCCAGGUUUUGAGGACCCCCUGGAACACAACCCGUGGAUACCCCAAUCAUCACCCUCAUCACCCCCAUCGCCGUGGACACCACCAUUCCCACAGUGACAGUCGACACAACCGGCAUUACAGCAGCCGGGUGCCAGAAGGGAUCCACCUGCGCAGCUGUGGGGAUUUAAGCUCCUCCUCUGCAUCGCUACGUCGAUUAGUUACACCUCAUCCUCCACAUGGGUCGUCAGGAGCUCUAUACUCAGAGUCUGCACUGUGAUACAGGGGGUAUAUAAGCUCACAGGGUUGUAGUGAAGACAAAGAUGGGAGUGAAUAAGACAGAGUAAUAAAAGGGAAGAUCUACUGGAGACAUUUAGUGAUGAAUUGUGAACAACUUUCUUCCUUUUCCUCCAUGUCACCUGAAGCGAGCUGUGCAAAUGGCCUUUUUCAGUGGUGCUCUUCAUCUCUCUGAACGUCAACCUAGAGCUUGUACUCUUUCACCCCUCAGCAUCGGUGAAACACCUCUGGGUGCUCGUGUUUUGAGAGUCUUGACCUUGUAUUAACAGAAUACACCCAGAACUAACCAAGACAACAAAUAUCUUCUCCGCUCAAUCUUCGAGUCCUUCAUCUGGACUCAUCUGGAAAUGUACUGUCCUCAAGGCUGCUACAACAGUCGCUGACUCACGUGUGCAUUCAGUCUAUUACAUAUAUUUGGGUUGCAAUAUGCUUCUGACCCUUUUGUACAUUGCUAUUUAUCCACAGGAUCACUCUGGUGAAGUGAUCUUGGAAAUCCUUAUUUUGUCUUCCAUUUAUGAGAGAAAAUGCAUCAUGAGAGAUAAGGUUGCAUAUGAGGACAAACACACUGAAAACUUCUACUGCGUUGCUGAUUUUGUCUUUUUUUGUGAUUAAGAUUCACACUUUCUUCACGCCUGUCCACCUACACACCCGCCUUUGGAAAAAGGCAGCCAGCAUUUUUCACAUCUACCUUAAUGCACGCCAUAGACACAUGCUCAGCCUUUGAAAUGUAUUCUCUGAGGGUGGUGCUUAAAUGCAAUGGUUUGAUUUGCAUAUGUGCAUGUUUUUUGCAACAGCCUCCCAAAUACAGCAGGUACCCUGUGCAUUGAUCCUGACCGUCUGUGUAACUAAGUUAACACGUCUUCAGAAUGUCUUUACCUGCAUGUUUUGACAAUGCUUCUUAUGUUUUUUCCUCUUUUUCCUAAGAACUACAAAGAAUGCCAAUUGAAAUGUUCGUGUUAAUAGAAAGAUGAAGGAGAAGGUCAGAGUCUAAGAUGUGCAGUGCUCCCAGUUCGUAUCAGACGGCUACAAAUUGUGCCUCUGCAUUCUAAUUUCAUUUUGAUGGGGUUUGAAAAUGUUGUAAGUGCACAGAUAUAUUAGUGACACUGACUGAAACAGCCUGAUCUUGUAAGAUAAAUAGGUAUGAACUGUGACUCUGAUGAUGUGCAGAGUCUGUUGCAAUAAAUGUACAGACUAAUUUGUGAUGAGGUUUGUCUUCACACUAUGUGUUGGCACAGUUCUCUUUGGACUUCAGAGCUCAAGGGUGUUGAUAGUCCAGAAACAGGUAAUUUUAAUGUUCUGGAUACUAAAAUCUAAGUGUAUCAACAUCUUUGGCAGAUUGGCAAUUUUUUUUAUUUGUCUUUGAAAGUUGUUAUUGAUGUGCUCACAGAGUCAUAAUAUUGAUUCCUUAUGAGUAAUGGCACAUUUUGGAUACACUCAUUAAUAUGUAAUUGAAUAAUUUAAAAAGACACAAUUAGCCUGCACACAGGUACAGGCACACAGACAUCCACAUCUGCCCAAAAAGGCACUGAGCUGUAUUUCUACCUCUCCUGUCUUGCAUAAGAUAAUAUUAUCUAUUUGGAAGGAAAAAUGUAUAUCCAUAUGGCAGCCUUAACAGGAUAGAGCCUUGAAACCUAAAUAUGAAAUGUAUCUAAAUAUGACAACUAUUCCAAAUUUUAAAUGCUGUGUCAAUGGCAAAAGUUUCAAUGCAACCUAUGUAUUUCAAGGUAUGAAAUAAAUGAUAGACAUCAAAGUAAAAAAAG